AUGCACGCGGCGGCGGAACGCACCCACGCGCAGCAAUGGUCGCUCUCGUCUGCCUCCUCCGCGCGACUCCCGGCGCGCAUUGCCAACCCUCCGCGCCUUUCCGAACCUCCUCGCGUCUCCAACCCUCCGCGCUUGAAAGACCCGCCCCGGCGGACUGCCGCUCCGCCGUCCGCGCCGUCCGCCACUUCCACGCCAUCCGGGGGCUUUCCCGGGGACUCCGCACCAGCCCCGCGUCCCCUUACGGCGCAGAGCGCGGCGGAGAGGGGCGUGCGUGCGGUGUACGAGGCUCUGUCAGCGCGCGAGAGGCGCAAGUUGCGCGCCGCGCUGUUCCCCCUACGAGCGCGCGCGGCGGAGUCGGCGAGCGCGGUGUGGCAGGAGAGCUGGGGGGUGGUGGCGCGCCUCGUUGCUGCGGAGUUGGUGCGCGCAGCCCCACGUGCUCGCGCCUCCCCACACCACUCCCUCCCUCUCUCUUUCCCUAGCUCUACCCCCACCUUUCUCUCCCCCACAUUUACCCCCCCAGCACUCUCACUCCACUUUUUCCCCCCCACCUUUUUCCUCUCACCUCUCUCCCCGCACCUCUCCCCACCUGUCUCCCCCCACCACUCUCCCUCCUUCUCCCCACCCCACAUUACUCCCCACCUCCGCACCACACCACCCUCCUGCUGCCCCGUCGCCUCCUUGUCUGAGCCCAAUCCCUUCCCUUCUCCCCCCCCCAACCAUCGCCCCUCUCCCCGCCUCCCUUCCCCGCAUCCGUCUCUGCCUCCCCCUUUCCAGGGUGAACCGGACACAGGGGAGGAACAAGGGGGGCGGCGGGCGGGGGGGCGCAGAGGAGCGGGUUGUGAUGCGGAAGCACAGGGGGUUGGGGAGAGAGGACGGAAGGAGGCAAGACGGCUGCGAAUGGAAGAGCAGAAGCAGGUGUUAACUGUGGUGGAGGUGUUAUCUGAGGGGGUGGUGAGGGCGGGGAGAGGCGCAGUGGCGGCGGGGGAGGUGGAGGAGCUGGUGUGGGCGGCGUUCGUGAAGAGCCACGAGGCUGUGCUCACCCCGGAGCACUGGACCAGCUUUGUCCCUCUGCUGCUCAAACUGCAACUUCUCCGUCCCUCUCUCCCUCUCCCUCCCUCUCCCUCCCUCUCCCUCACUCUCCCUCCCUCUCCCUCCCUCUCCCUCCCUCUCCCUCCCUCUCCCUCCCUCUCCCUCCCUAUCCCUCCCUCCCUCCCUCCCUCCCUCCCUCCCUCCCUCCCUCCCUCCCUCCCUCCCUCCCUCCCUCCCUCCCUCCAUCCCUCCCUCCCUCCCUCUCUCCCUCUCUCCCUCUCUCCCUCCCUCCCUCCCUCCCUCCCUCCCUCCCUCCCUCCCUCCCUCCCUCCCUCCCUCCCUCCCUCCCUCCCUCCCUCCAUCCCUCCCUCUCUCCCUCUCUCCCUCCCUCCCUCCCUCCCUCCCUCCCUCCCUCCCUCCCUCCCUCCCUCCCAUCCCCCUCCCUACCUCCUUCCCUCCCUCCCUCCCUCCCUCCCUCCCUCCCUCCCUCCCUCCCUCCCUCCCUCCCUCCCUCCCUCCCUCCCUCCCUCCCUCCAUCCCUCCAUCCCUCCCUCCCUCCCUCUCUCCCUCUCUCCCUCUCUCCCUCCCUCCCUCCCUCCCUCCCUCCCUCCCUCCCUCCCUCCCUCCCUCCCUCCCUCCAUCCCUCCCUCUCUCCCUCUCUCCCUCCCUCCCUCCCUCCCUCCCUCCCAUCCCCCUCCCUCCCUCCCUCCCUCCGUCCCUCUCUCCCUCUCUCCCUCCCUCCCAUCCUCCCUCCCUCCCAUCCUCCCUCCCUCCCUCCCUCCCUCCCACCCUCCCUCCCUCCCUCUCUCCCUCUCUCCCUCUCUCCCUCCCUCCCAACCUACCUCCCUCCCUCCCUCCCUCCCUCCCUCCCUCCAUCCCUCCCUCCCUCCCUCUCUUCCUCUCUCCCUCCCUCCCUCCCUCCCUCCCUCCCUCCCUCCCUCCCUCCCUCCCUCCCUCCCUCCCUCCCUCCAUCCCUCCCUCUCUCCCUCUCUCCCUCCCUCCCUCCCUCCCUCCCAUCCCCCUCCCUCCCUCCCUCCCUCCCUCCCUCCCUCACUCGCCCCCGCCCCUCCUCCCUCCCUCCCUCCCUCCCUCCCUCCCUCCCUCCCUCCCUCCCUCCCUCCCUCCCUCCCUCCAUCCCUCCCUCCCUCCCUCCCUCCCUCCCUCCCUCCCUCCCUCCCUCCCUCCCUCCCUCCCUCCCUCCCUACCUCCUCCCUCCCUCCCUCCCUCCAUCCCUCCCUCUCUCCCUCUCUCCCUCCCUCCCUCCCUCCCUCCCAUCUCCCUCCCUCCCUCCCUCCCUCCCUCCCUCCCUCCCUCCAUCCCUCCAUCCCUCCCUCCCUCCCUCUCUCCCUCUCUCCCUCUCUCCCUCCCUCCCUCCCUCCCUCCCUCCCUCCCUCCCUCCCUCCCUCCCUCCCUCCCUCCAUCCCUCCCUCUCUCCCUCUCUCCCUCCCUCCCUCCCUCCCUCCCAUCCCCCUCCCUCCCUCCCUCCCUCCGUCCCUCUCUCCCUCUCUCCCUCCCUCCCAUCCUCCCUCCCUCCCAUCCUCCCUCCCUCCCUCCCUCCCUCCCACCCUCCCUCCCUCCCUCUCUCCCUCUCUCCCUCUCUCCCUCCCUCCCAACCUACCUCCCUCCCUCCCUCCCUCCCUCCCUCCCUCCAUCCCUCCCUCCCUCCCUCUCUUCCUCUCUCCCUCCCUCCCUCCCUCCCUCCCUCCCUCCCUCCCUCCCUCCCUCCCUCCCUCCCUCCCUCCCUCCCUCCAUCCUCCCUCUCUCCCUCUCUCCCUCCCUCCCUCCCUCCCUCCCAUCCCCCUCCCUCCCUCCCUCCCUCCCUCCCUCACUCCCUCCCUCCCUCCCUCCCUCCCUCCCUCCCUCCCUCCCUCCCUCCCUCCCUCCCUCCCUCCCUCCCUCCCUCCCUCCCUCCCUCCCUCCCUCCCUCCCUCCCUCCCUACCUCCCUCCCUCCCUCCCUCCAUCCCUCCCUCUCUCCCUCUCUCCCUCCCUCCCUCCCUCCCUCCCAUCUCCCUCCCUCCCUCCCUCCCUCCCUCCCUCCCUCCCUCCCUCCCUCCCUCCCUCCCUCCCUCCCUCCCUCCCUCCCUCUCUCCCUCUCUCCCUCUCUCCCUCCCUCCCAUCCUCCCUCCCUCCCAUCCUCCCUCCCUCCCUCCCUCCCUCCCUCCCUCCCUCCCUCCCUCCCUCCCUCCCUCCCUCCCUCCCUCCCUCCCUCCCUCCCUCCCUCCCUCCCUCCCUCCCACCCUCCCUCCCUCCCUCUCCCCCUCUCUCCCUCUCUCCCUCCCUCCCAUCCCCCUCCUCCCUCCCUCCCUCCCUCCCUCCAUCCCUCCCUCUCUCCCUCUCUCCCUCCCUCCCAUCCUCCCUCCCUCCCUCCCUCCCAUCCCCCUCCCUCCCUCCCUCCCUCCCUCCCUCCAUCCCUCCCUCUCUCCCUCUCUCCCUUCAUGAAGAAGGGCAGCAGUAGGCAAGCAUCCAUGGGCAGCAUCCAUGGGCAGCGUCCAUGGGCAGCAUCCAUGGGCAGCAUCCAUGGGCAGCAUCCAUGGGCAGCAUCCAUGGGCAGCAUCCAUUGGCAGCAUCCAUGGGCAGCAUCCAUGGGCAGCAUCCAUGGGCAGCAUCCAUGGGCAGCAUCCAUGGGCAGCAUCCAUGGGCAGCAUCCAUGGGCAGCAUCCAUGGGCAGCAUCCAUGGGCAGCAUCCAUGGGCAGCAUCCAUGGGCAGCAUCCAUGGGCAGCAUCCAUGGGCAGCAUCCAUGGGCAGCAUCCAUGGGCAGCAUCCAUGGGCAGCAUCCAUGGGCAGCAUCCAUGGGCAGCAUCCAUGGGCAGCAUCCAUGGGCAGCAUCCAUGGGCAGCAUCCAUGGGCAGCAUCCAUGGGCAGCAUCCAUGGGCAGCAUCCAUGGGCAGCAUCCAUGGGCAGCAUCCAUGGGCAGCAUCCAUGGGCAGCAUCCAUGGGCAGCAUCCAUGGGCAGCAUCCAUGGGCAGCAUCCAUGGGCAGCAUCCAUGGGCAGCAUCCAUGGGCAGCAUCCAUGGGCAGCAUCCAUGGGCAGCAUCCAUGGGCAGCAUCCAUGGGCAGCAUCCAUGGGCAGCAUCCAUGGGCAGCAUCCAUGGGCAGCAUCCAUGGGCAGCAUCCAUGGGCAGCAUCCAUGGGCAGCAUCCAUGGCAGCAUCCAUGGGCAGCAUCCCAUGGGCAGCAUCCAUGGGCAGCAUCCAUGGGCAGAAUCCAGGGCAGCAUCCAUGGGCAGGCAUCCAUGGGCAGCAUCCAUGGGCAGCAUCCAUGGGCAGCAUCCAUGGGCAGCAUCCAUGGGCAGCAUCCAUGGGCAGCAUUCCAUGGGCAGCAUCCAUGGGCAGCAUCCAUGGGCAGCAUCCAUGGGCGCUCCAUGGGCAAGCAUCCAUGGGCAGCAUACAUGGGCAGCAUCCAUGGGCAGCAUCCAUGGGCAGCAUCCAUGGGCACAUCCAUUGGCAGCAUCCAUGGCAGCAUCCAUGGGCAGUCAUCCAUGGGGCAGCAUCCAUGGGGCAGCAUCCAUGGGCAGCAUCCAUGGCAGCAUCCAUGGGCAGCAUCCAUGGGCAGCAUCCAUGGGCAGCAUCCAUGGGCAGCAUCCAUGGGCAGCAUCGCCAUUGGCAGCAUCCAUGGGGCAGCAUCCCAUGGGCAGCAUCCAUGGGCAGCAUCCAUGGGCAGCAUCCUGGCAGCAUCCAUGGGCAGCAUCCAUGGGCAGCAUCCAUGGGCAGCAUCCAUGGGCAGCAUCCAUGGGCAGCAUCCAUGGGCAGCAUCCAUGGGCAGCAUCCAUGGGCAGCAUCCAUGGGCAGCAUCCAUGGGCAGCAUCCAUGGGCAGCAUCCAGGGGCAGCAUCCAUGGGCAGCAUCCAUGGGCAGCAUCCAUGGGCAGCAUCCAUGGGCAGCAUCCAUGGGCAGCAUCCAUGGGCAGCAUCCAUGGGCAGCAUCCAUGGGCAGCAUCCAUGGCAGCAUCCAUGGGCAGCUCCAUGGGCAGCAUCCAUGGGCAGCAUCCAUGGGCAGCAUCCAUGGGCAGCAUCCAUGGGCAGCAUCCAUGGGCAGCAUCCAUGGGCAGCAUCCAUGGGCAGCAUCCAUGGGCAGCAUCCAUGGGCAGCAUCCAUGGGCAAGCAUCCAUGGGCAGCAUCCAUGGGCAGCAUCCAUGGGCAGCAUCCAUGGGCAGCAUCCAUGGGCAGCAUCCAUGGGCAGCAUCCAUGGGCAGCAUCCAUGGGCAGCAUCCAUGGCAGGCAGUCCAUGGGCAGCAUCCAUGGGCAGCAUCCAUGGGCAGCAAUCCAUGGGCAGCAUCCAUGGGCAGCAUCCAUGGCAGCAUCCAUGGGCAGCAUCCAUGGGCAGCAUCCAUGGGCAGCAUCCAUGGGCAGCAUCCAUGGGCAGCAUCCAUGGGCAGCAUCCAUGGGCAGCAUCCAUGGGCAGCAAUCCAUGGGCAGCAUCCAUGGGCAGCAUCCAUGGGCAGCAUCCAUGGGCAGCAUCCAUGGGCAGCAUCCAUGGGCAGCAUCCAUGGUCAGCAUCCAUGGGCAGCAUCCAUGGGCAGCAUCCAUGGGCAGCAUCCAUGGGCAGCAUCCAUGGGCAGCAUCCAUGGGCAGCAUCCAUGGGCAGCAACCAUGGGCAGCAUCCAUGGGCAGCAUCCAUGGGCAGCAUCCAUGGGCAGCAUCCAUGGGCAGCAUCCAUGGGCAGCAUCCAUGGGCAGCAUCCAUGGGCAGCAUCCAUGGGCAGCAUCCAUGGGCAGCAUCCAUGGGCAGCAUCCAUGGCACAAAGCUGUUCCGUGAUGCCAAGCCACACCGUGUCAAUCCACGCCGCCCGCUCUGCUCGCUCCCUCACUGCCCACCGCCUGCUGCUGUUUCCGUGCACCCCAGUUUUCUUCUCCGCUUCCCUUUCCCCUUCUCUCUUACCCCCACCUACCCACCCACUCCCCCUGCAGGACUCAGUGAGGGAGAGUGGGACAGUCGCUGCCAUCACCGUCUCCCUCACUCUCUCCUCUAUCGACCUCCUCACUCGCCCCUGCACUCCCCUCUACCCUCCUCACUCCCCUUCCUCGAUCCUCCCCCUCUCUCCCGACUCGCCCGUCUCCACGCAUCCGGCUGUGGAGUUCAUCCAACCCACUCACCCCACUCUUCCUGCUCCCGCUGCUCUCAAGCCUCCUCCGGGAUGGAAAGGAGGGGCGCUCACAGCAGGUGGUGCUGCUGAUGGUGCUUUUGCUCCUUACGGUGAUUAUCAGCAGCAGCAGCAGCAGCAGCAGCAGCAGCAGCAGCAGCAGCAGCAGCAGCAGCAGCAGCAGCAGCAGCAGCAGCAGCAGCAGCAUCAACGGCAUCGUCGGUCCUUCUCUCUUGCUCCUGACGCUCUCAGCAGCCACACAGCAGCAUCGUUCUCCCCCUUACCCCCUCCUCCUGGCUCUGCCGCCGCCACUGCUGCUGCUGCCACUGGCACUGCCUCUGCAACCGCUCACAACCCCCUUCAACACCUCAACAACAGUAGCAGCAACAGUGGCGCACAGCACGCAUCACACACGCGAUCCCACAGCCACGGAGGCGGGCUGCUGCUCCCCGCCUCACACCACGCCCAGCGCCCGCGAGUGGGACGCGCGCGAGCGGGCAGCGUGGGGGGCUGGGCUGACCUCACCGCGCAUGCCCUGCCUGGGUCAAGCGAGCGGCAGUGGCUUGAUGACGAGGGGCACAGCCUUGGCUCCGACGACAGGCACGGCCCUUCCACCGCCCGCAGCACGCACAGCCACGGCAUGCCGAGGGGUAGGGGGAGUGACUGGCAGCAUGGGGGAGAGGGGAGGGCAGAGGGACGAGGAGGCGGAAGGGGAGGCAAGGCGGAGCAAGAGCAGGAGCAAGAGAAGGAGCAGCAGCAAUCCUCCCUGUGGCCUUCCUCUGAUGUUUCCUCCGCCCCUCUUGCCUGCGUGGCCCUCGCUGCCUCGCACCCCCUCCGCCCUGCUUCUGGCGUCUCCUCUUUCACCCCCGCCUGGGACCCCUCCUCUCUACCUUUUUCCUGCCCGCCCUCCUUGGAAUCUGCUUACUCUGCCGCCUGCCCGCCUACUAAGGCGCCUGCUCCUGCUGCACUACCAGCUAUGGCCCAAUCCGUGCAGCUUGGCUCGGCAGCGGUGUUGGAUCCGGCCGGUAUAGGUCCGGCAGGGCUGCCUGUAGACGAGCCCAGGACAGGUCCGGGGAGACCCGGGAGGUUUGGCAGACGAGGAACGGAAGGGUGGGGGAAAGGGAGGAUAGUGGAGGAGGGGACGGAGGAUAUGAGUGAGAACUCUUGGGAAGAUGAACGGGGGAAUAGGGCUAUGAGGAGAGAUGGAGAAGGAGCAGAAGGAGGGGAAGAAGCACAAGGACAAGGGUGGAGUAAGCAGCGCGAGUGGGACAAGGAGCAUCAUGAACGGUUCAGAGCGGUGGUGAGGAUGGUGGGGUCGGGCACGCAGGGCAGGAGGUUGCUGGGGGCCGUGGGGCUGGGCGAGCAGGUGCUGGCAGACCUGGCGAGGCGCUGGCGGUGGCACGAGGUGAAGGCGCUCUCUGCCGUGCUGCGCCAUGCUGUGGACGCAUGGCAGGAGCAUGCUGACAUGGCCAGGGCGGCAGUGCAGGACCGACAAGCAGUGGUGGAGGGGUACCUGCAGUGCGCCGCUGCGUACUCGCACGUGCCCGACCUGCACGUGCUCUUGCUGCUGCGCCUCGCGCUCGCCCACCGCCACCUCGACCCCCUGGGAGGCACGGCGGAGGCGGGGCAGUGCUGCGUGGCCGCUGCUGCUGUGGCGCUGCAGUACCUGCUCGCCCUCCGCCCCCACCCGCCCCGGGAUCACUCUAGCAGUGACGGUGGCGAGGGUGAUGAUGGUGCCAUCGGCGCCCGCAGUGUCAUCACAAGCACCACCACCACCACCACCAGCACCAGCACCAGCAGCACUGCCACGACCAGUACAACAAUCACGAUGGGUGCAGGCACAAGAGGCAAUGAAGCAGGCGACGAGGCAGUGGCAGCGGGGUUCUUCUCACGCGCAGCUGGAGGGCAGCGCAGCAGCGGGGCGGUGUGGGGGCAGCAGCACGUGUCGGCGCUCGCUCGGGUGUGCCCCGACCUGCCCCUGCUCGCCCCAGGGCUGCUCCGAGCUGCCUCCAACCGAGCCACUGUGAGGAGCAAGAGGAGGAGCAAGGGGGGGCAGAAGAGCAGUGGCGGCAGCGGUGGAGAGGAGGAGGAGAGGGUGGUGGUGGCGGGGCGGGUGGCAGGGUACCUGCACGUCAACCCCCUCUUCAUUGCCUCGCUCCUCGAGGAAGCUUCCUGUCUCUUCGCCUCGGCCGGCCUGCAUUCCUUCGCCGUCCACCUGCAGGAGCUGCUGCUGCCCUUCUGGAAAGAGCAGGGAAACUUCUCCGCAGCUUCCCGCUGCCACCGGCGCUUGGCUGCGUCAUACCUGCUGCUGACUCAGAGGCCGGGAGGGGGCGGGGAGGAGGGGGUGAGGGAGAGCGGGUGCCACCAGUCCCUCCAGUCGAGUGUGCAGGGUGCGAGCUUCUUCCUGGUGGCCUUCUAUGGCGAGCGGUUUGGGGCGGAGUUCAACGGACGGCAGUUCGUGUACAAGGAGCCGCGAGACACGGCAGCAGGGGACCUGGUGAGGCGGCUGAAGGGCAUCUACGCCCGCAUCCUGGGCAGCAGCACCUCGCUGCGCAUUAUCACAUCGCCCAUAGUCACACCCGACGACCUGCGGCACUCACAGCUGUGCACCGUGCAGGUCGUGCCAGUCUACCCCGCUCCAGUUGACCCUCCCCCAGGCCUGCCUGAGGGGGAGGAGGGGCUGAGGGAUGGCAAGGAGGGCGCGGCGAGGGGCGACCUGGACGAGCUGUUUGGCGCCAGCGGCGGCGGCUGCGGGCCUCUCAGGAGCUUUCAGUUCAGCAUGCCGCCUUCGGCUCUUGCAGCUGCUGCUGCUGCUGCAGUUGAGGGGCUGGUGGAAGGGGGAGGCGAGGGGGGGGCGGGGGAGGAGGUGACGAGGCUGCUGGAGCUGGGAUUUGGGGGCGCUGCGGGGGCAGGCUAUGGCAUGGGCAGCGGCGGUAUGGGCAGCGGCGGUAUGGGGGAUGUUUCCAGCGACAUUGUGAGUGGAACUGCAUUCGGGCGGGGUGCGGUGUUCCCCGUGUGGCGGCACCGCAUGGUUCUGACAGUGCAUGCGCGCUUCCCGUCGCUGCAGCUGCACCUGCCAGUGGUGGCCACCCACAGCAAGGAGGCGUCCCCCCUGGAGCUCGUCUUGGAUGAGAGCUUGCAGUGGACCCGGCGCCUCUCCCAGCUGGUUGCCACGUGGCGCGCUAAGACUGGCCGGAGCUUGGAGGCAGAUGGGAUGAAGAAGGGGGAUGGUGGGGGGAGAGGUGAGAGUGGUGUGCAAGGGUAUGAUUUGGAUGAGGAUGAUGUGUUGUGGGGGAUGGGGGGGCGGGGGCAGCGGGGGAGGCGGAGUGGGAGUGGCGGGGGGAAGGGUGAAAGGGGGGGAGUGUGGCGUGUGUUGCUGCAGGUGGCAGCAGCGAGCCUGGAUGCCAUGCAGGAGGUGCGGGCUCUUGAGCUGCUGCGCUCCCUCAAGGAGCGCCCUUCAGGGAGGGAGGGGGGAAAGGGUGGAGGAAGCGGAAGAGGAAGAGGGGAAGAUGAGGCAGGAGAGAUUGCGUGGACAGACGAGGGAGGAGAGAGAGGGACAGGCACAGGUACAGGGGAAGGCACAGGAGCAGGGGGGAGCGGAGAGGCGGGAGGUGCAGGCGAGGGGAGGAGGGGCGGGUCGCGGUGGGCGGAGGGUCUGGCGAGCCGGCAUGUGGCGCGGGCCAUGGGGGGGGUGGUGGCGGCGGCAGAGGCGGCACGGGAGGGCGUGGAGGGCGUGGGGAAGCCGAUGGCGCCGCUGCUGGCGUGGCUAGAAGACGCCGCUGAUGCCACCCCGCCUGAGACCCUUGCUGCCCUCGCUAGGUACGGGCUGCUGGAUGGGGGAGGUGGAGGCGAGGGAGUGUGGGAGGCGAGGGGUGUAGAAGUGAGGUGCGGGGAUGAGGGUUCUUCUGCUGCUGCUGCUGCAGAUGGUGCUGCUGAUGGUGAUGCCACUCCCUCCUGCGCUCAUCCCACGCCAAGGGAGCUGGCCCGAGCGAGAGAGCAGCGCGAGGCAGAGCGGGAGAUUGCAGCAGUGGCAGCGCUGGCGGCGGCGGCGGCAGCAGGAGGCGAGGAGGCGGUGCGAGUGGGCAACGCGCUGACGGACUAUGUGGAGGCGCUGAGUGCGGUGGUGCAGGCGCAUGAGAGGGAGAUGGGGUGGGGGGACGAGGAGGCACACGAGGAGGUGAAGGCGCGCGCCAAGGGGAUGAUGGAGGAGCUGUACCUCUACGUGCCGGGCAUACGACCAUGGGACCUGGUGUGA